CAACUAAGUGCGCGUACACCAAUACCCUACCUUACCACUUCUUUUUCUCAGUAAAGCGAAAAUGCUGCUGAAGCGUGCUCCUAUUGUCGCUGCCCCCCGCGUGGCUCGCCGCGCGGUGGUGGUCAAGGCUCAGCAGGACGACUCUCCCAACCCUAUCCAGAAGAUGGCCCUGCCUCUGGCCUCGAUGGUCGCCGCUGCCCUCAUCGCUGGUGCCGCGAUGCCGGAGGAUGCUCUGGCUGCCUCCUCCCGCUCCGGUGGCCGCGUGGGUGGCUCCAGCGGCUUCUCUGCUCGCAAGGCGCCCGCCCCGUCGCGCAACGUUCAGACCCAGGCUGCCCCUACCGUGAACAACACCACCGUGGUCGUCGCCUCGCCCCCCGUGUUCAGCCCCUUCGGCUUCUCGCCCUUCGGCGGCUUCGGCUUCGGGUUCGGCAUGCCCGUCUUCAUGCCCGUCGGUGGCGGCUUCUUCAGCGGCCUGAUCGGCCUGAUGUUCGUGACCCUGCUGUUCAGCGUGGUCUUCAACGUCAUCCGCGGCGUCGCGUCGGCUUCGCAGAAGGCUCAGAACAAGAAGGAUGACCAGUGGGGCGACCUCUAAGCGCGCUCGCGGCUGCGCUACACAGUGUAUGAGGCGCUGGAAUGCGCGGCCGGCGCUUUGUGGAGGCAGCUAGUGCAGCGGCCCUGCGGGCGCUGGCGGAGAGCGGACGUUGCACAAAGCGGGUGGGCCUGUGUUGGCAGGCCUGAACGGUAUAGACCGAGCGUCAUUCAAUGCGAGAGGAGUGUGUUAGGAGAGGGUUGCGUGGGCCGCGCUUGUCGGCUGAUGGUUGUUAUGGUGGUCGAGGCUGGGGUGUGCUAUGCCCCGCUGCCCCGCUUUUGCCGGAUCGUUUUGCCGGAAUAACGAAAUUGUGUGUACAGUGGUGUUAUCUGUGACUGGUUUGUUUCUUGGAGGAGGGAGCUGUGUGGGCCUGACGAUACGUGAUCAGGGAGAUCAAGAAGUCCGGGACGCACAACAGUGGUGAUUGCAGACUCGUCUUCCAACUAUAUUUCAUGUAAGUCUGCUUUGCA